UUACAUAUCUUCUCCUGCUUCUUUAUCCAUCUGUAACAUUACCAUAAUAUUCUUCCUUCUCCUCCUCCUCCUCUUAUAACCCUCAGCACCACAACCACCAUCGCUACAUUCUCUUUCAGUUCUCCUCCUCCCACUUUCACUUAUAGUUCUCCUUUCACCACACCAUUUCUUCUUUCCCGGCUUCAGAACUCGUAACUUCGGAUUUCUUUAUUCAAGAUCGAAUCAACCAUGGAACACAUAACCCUUCCCGGCACCGAUCUGAAAGUGACUCCUGUCUGUCUCGGUACAUGGCAAUUUAACAAUGGUAUCACCAACAAUACUUGGGAUGCACAGACAGAAGAGUUGUCAAAGACGAUUGUAGACAAAGCUUUCCAAGUUGGCAUCAAUUUCUUUGACACAGCUGAGGCAUAUCCCCGCUCUGAAGGUGUCCUUGGAAAAUGUCUAGAAGGAAGACGCCACAAUGCUGUGAUUGCAACCAAGUAUGGUUUCCGUUCCACUGGUCCCAGUGAGAGCUACACAGCUGAAGCUAUUGAUGCUGCUAUCACUACCUCCCUACAGAGCUUAAAAACCAACUACAUCGAUAUCUAUCAGAUCCAUUGGCCAGACAUGGUUGCUGACUAUACAGCCACUGUUGAAGAAUUGAAGAGACAAGUUGCUAAAGGAAGGAUACAUUAUUAUGGUGUCUGCAACUUUGGACCGAAAAACAUGAAGAGCAUUCUUGAAGCUGGUGGUCAACCUAUUUCUAACCAGAUAGGGUACAAUUUACUGUGGCGUUCAAUCGAACACGAAGUUAAACCAAUUUGUAUGGAGAAAAACAUUUCCAUUUUGGCCUACUCACCUCUACAGCAAGGUCUUCUUUCUGGCAAAUACCUGACCCCUGACAGUUUACCUGAGGGUCGACGACGUGGCAAGCUCUUCUCUAAAUCCAGUACUACAAUGUCUCGCCAUGGUCAGGAUGGCCACGAAAAACUUCUAUUUGAAACACUUGGGAAGUUGAAAGAAAUCUGUACAGAAGCUGACAUCAAUAUGUCUGUGGCCAGUCUGUCGUGGUUACUGCAACAGCAGAACGUCCGGUCUAUCAUUGUUGGGGCUCGUAACCCAGAACAAAUUGAACAGAAUGUUAAUAUUGUGAAAUUGUCCCAGGAUGUUUUGAAGAAGAUGACUGAAGCUACUGAUGAUCUGAAGCAAGCUCUUGGCAAAACUCUUGAUGCGUGGGUAACACCUGACCGUUGUGAGUAAACAAGAGCUCUGUGUUGUUGCACAUUGCAUUUAUUGUGACUCUAUCUCACCUGUGGAAAAAUUGCUGAACGCUUUCAACCAACCUUGGUUCUAUGAUGUAACUGUGAAUUGUUUAUUUUUUAAAUUAAGACCUUCCAUAAUAAGAAUCUUUGUUUAUUUCUUUGUAUAAAAUUAUGCCACAAAUAUUGGGUUAAUAUAGAAAUAAAAGCAAAAAUCAGUCUUUUUUUUUUUCCUGAAGGUAAAUACUUGCUUGUUUUCAAAAUUAAUAGAAAUUUAUGAGAACUGCAUUUCAGUAGAAAUAUUCUCAUGCAAAAGUUCAACUUACGAUCUCAUACCAAGUUAAGAAAUUAUUUUACUUUUGGGUGGUAGGUGGUACAGUUGAUACUGUGGCAGUAUUUACACUAUAUUCCUUUCUUUUAUUUUAUUUAGCUUAAAUUCCACCAGGGUGGACUUAUCCUCUAAUCCUUCCCAAUAUCAAUAAAGCACCAGUCUAGUUAUAGAGUGGAUUUAAUAGACUAAACCAACCAACCAUGACCCUUCCUUUGAAAUUUGUGAUUUCAUUCCUAGGUCAAGAAAUUGAUUAAUUGUAGAGAAAACCUUAAAAUUUAUCUCCAUCCAUCUUCAAAUAAAUUUAAUGCAAGAAAAUACUUUUCGACUUAGCAGACUUUCUCCUCCAUUACUAAAUUAACAAAGUUUAAUUAACCAAUUUAAUAAACCAAGUUGUCUAUUGCCACCCAGUAAUACUUUUUUUUUCUUUUUAAUUCAAAAAUGUACUUUAAUUAAAGUUCUUCUCUACAGCAACUGAAGGUGCUAAAAA